AUGGUAGCAAAUGCUUCAUUGCUUGUGAUUUUGAUUCCUGACAAUAUUCGAGAUUUGAUUGUCUUAGCUUUUAGAAAAAUGGGUGGAGUAUUUAAAAAACGGAAAACCAUGAAUGACGAAGUUGAUAACCCUCAUGCCAGCAGGAAAUGGUUGAACAUUACUGCCUCAUUAGAUAGAGACUAUUACAGUGACGAAGAAAUGUUCUAUGUAAAUGAACAUGUUGAACAAGAAUCAGUGAACCAAGAUGGAGAUUAUUACAUGCCUCAUAAUGUAGAUGAUUAUUAA